AAAAAAAGAAAAAAAGAAAAAAAAACAAGAAAAGAAAAAAAAACAAUUAAACUUAAUAUAUAUUUCUAUAAAUUUUCUUUGUCUAGCAUGCUCGCGUUUGCGUACGUUGAGAUAACAGUGUAACCAACAGUAUAUUUAAGCGCCAUCUAUUCGAAAUAAUGUUGGUAUGCCUGGCUUGCACAAAUAAAUGUCAAAAUAUUAAAAAAUUCGAUAUAUGUAUUCACUUUGACUAUUUCUUGUUUCUUUUACAAUGAAUAGGUUUGAAUAUGCUAAUCCUCGUCUUCUACCCAACGAAUUAAACGUCAGACGUGAUUUUGGUGUACGUUUGUACGAUGGAGACGUUAAGACACAAUUUGAAGGUGGACAAUUAUAUAUUACGACACAUCGAGCACUUUGGGGAAGACCGGAUGAUAUACCACGAGGUAACACUUGCCUCUCAUUACCAUUAAGAUAUGUAGUUUUCCACGAAGAGGAAUCUCCAGGUCCAUUUUCUUUUAGACGUAACAAUAAAGUUAUUUUACAUCUCUCUGAACCAUCUCCUGAUAAAAUGCCUGGACCAGCGGAGAAUAGUGCCUUUAAUUAUAUUAAAUUAUCAUUCAAAGAGGGUUUGGAUUCAAAUUUUAUAAUAGAAUUAAGAGAUGUACUUAGAAAAAGAACCUGGGAAUCGGAUCCUCCUAUACCAUAUCAAUUAACCGAUAUGAAUAUUCAAAGUUUGCGUAUUACAUCUAAACCAUUGCCACAAAUAAAACCACGAACGGGUAUUAUAGGUAUUGAAAGGAGUCUUCAAGAACAACAAAAGGCAACGGAUGAGAGUAUUUCUAAGGCAUUUCAAGAUCUUAAGAAGCUUAUGGAAAUGGCUAAAGAUAUGGUGGCCAUAUCUAAAACCAUCUCUGCAAAAAUAAGGGAGAGACAAGGAGACAUCACGGAGGAUGAGACUGUUAGAUUUAAAUCUUAUUUGAUGAGUCUAGGUAUCGAUGAUCCUGUAACGAGAGAUGCUUACAAAAGUAGUAAUGAAUAUUUUAAACAAUUAGCUAUGCAGCUUGCAGUUAUUUUAGAAGAACCGAUCAAGGACGUAGGUGGAAUGAUGACAUUGACCGAUGUUUAUUGUCGUGUUAAUCGAGCCAGAGGAUUGGAACUUUUGUCACCGGAAGAUUUAUUAAAUGCUAGUAGACAAUUAGCUUCUUUAAGUUUGCCUAUAGUAUUAAGGAUCUUUGACAGUGGUGUUAUGGUUCUUCAAAUUCGAUCUCACGAUGAUCUUGCAGUUGCUGAUUCUAUAGCAGAUUUAUUACAGGAAAGAGGUUCAAUAACUGCGGAGGAACUUGCACGAUCCGAAGGAAUAUCUGUUUUAUUAGCACGAGAAAGAUUGUUAGUUACGGAAAAACAUGGAAAAGCUUGCAGAGACGAUACGAUAGAAGCAUUAAGAUUUUAUCCAAAUUUAUUUUUAGAACAAAACGCGUAACCCUUAAUCGUUCAUGUAUAUAUAUAUACAUAUAAAUGUAUAUAUAUAUAUGUAUAUAUAUAUUAUCAUUGGCAUCAUGGAAUUACAAGAAAACGCAACCGCCUCUAUUAUUAUUAUUAUUAUUAUUAUUAUCAUUAUUAUCAUUAUUAUCUUAUUCAUUAAGUAUUCGUAUAAUUCUCGUGCCUUUAUAAAUCGUGCACAGUUAAGUCCAAUGCAAUGAUUAAAAAAAAAGAAAGCAAUUUCUAUCGUCCUCGCAGUGCAUACAACGUAGCUUGUUACAAAACGAAGGUAUAUAAUCGUAAAUGUUAUAUUAAAAGAACAAAAGAAAAGAAAAACAAAUGAUAUAUAUAUAUAUAUAGAGAGAGAGAGAGUAAGAGAAAGAGAAAGAGAGAAUAUACAAUUGAAAUCAUUUUUAUGUUAUUUUAUAUUUCAAUCAAUACAAAAUUAUAGAAAUACUACAAGAUUUUCUGCUUCUGAUUCAUUGGUAUCCUAUUUGAUACUAUGCUAAAGAAAAAAAGAGAGAAAGAGAGAUAGAGAGAGAGAGAGGGAGAGAGAGAGAGAGAAGCAGGAACUAACUGGCGUGGCAGGUAUUAACGAGCGUCAUGUAAACACACACAUAACACACAAUACUACGUACAUACAAUAAUACAUACAUACAAUAAUGUAACCUUGAUGAGAUCAGCAAAAUGUCAAGGCUAAAAUGAAAUCUCUUUUUCUCUCUCUCUCUCUCUCUCUCUCUCUCUCACUCUCUUCUUACUGAAAUGUAUAAUUUAUAUAUACGAUAAAAAAAAAAGAAAAAACAAAAAAAAAACGAGUGAAUAUAAUUACAUUGUUUAAUAAUUGAGAAUGCAAGUAUUAUUAAUCUUCCAGUAUGGUUACACAUAGGACGUAUGAUCAUUAAGAAUUUUAUUCUUUUUCUUUCUUUGCUGGUGCCAAUAAUUAAAAAGAAUAUGAUUUUUCUUAACCAGUUAAUUAGCAUGUCGACUAAUGUCAUUCUAUAAAUAUCAUACUCUCCUACAGGUUUUCAUAUAAAAAUAGAAUCCAUUAAAGUCUGUAUCUAUCGCUAUGGUUUAUGCUAAUUGCUUCAUUAUUAUUUUCUCUUAUUCUAUAAGAUUAACGAAUUAUUCUAUGGUGAUAUUAUAAGAGUUUAAUAUCCAUGGAAAUUCUUUUAAAAAGAAAAUUUCCAAUGUAUCCAUUUGUUUUUUUGUAAAUUAUUAUUAUAAACAAAACAAAACAAAAAUAAGAACUAAAUAAGUAUGUGCGCGCCCGUGUAUGUGUAUACACAUAGUAUCAGAAAUAUUCAAUAUUAAUAACAGUAAAAUGAUAAUAUGAAACGUAUGAUCAAUCAUGAAUUGAUUCACAUACGUAGUUUGUGGUUUGCAAUUGACAAAAGAAAACUCUUAUUGGCCGCAAAACACCAAUUACAAGUACAAGUACGUUGACUUUGAAAGUAAGAGUUACACACACACACACACAUACACAUACAUACCAUCGAUAAAUCUGAUCGUUUCGAACAUUCUCACCAGAUGUAUAUGCAUAUAUAUAUAUAUAUAUAUAUAUAUAUAUAUAUAUAUAUAUAUAUAUGCAUAUGCAUGUAUACAUGUUUCCAUACGUUUUCUUAUUUCAUUUGAAUUACUAUAGCAUCCAUAUAUAAUAUUUGCUGAGUCGAGAGAGUAUGGAGUUAGUACUUGGGAUGCCAUAGAGCAUUAAUAUCUAUGUUUUAACGUUACAUCAUCAUCUCGUGACUUUCUACAUCCUCUUUGAUAUAUAACCAAGCUAGAAAAAAUUUCCUCGACAUUUAAUCACGUGAAAGGGAUCUGUCUCUCUCUCUCUCUCUCUCUCUCUCGUUCUCUCUCGUUUUCUCUCUUUCUCUCUCUCUCUCUCUCUCUCUCUCUCUCUCUCUGUCUCUGUAUCUGUCUUGACAUACAAGAUAAAAUAAAAAUUCGUGUUAAAUCUUAUUUUACAAAUUUAGAUGAGUCAAUGAUGGCGAGGAUUGAACAAUCAAAAAAAAAAAAACAAGAAAAAAAAAAAGAGAUUGAUAAUCAAAGUUAGAUAAAAACAUUCAUCUAACUAGUUAUUUAGAAUAUGCUAGUCAUCGAUUAACGAUUAGAAACUAUUAUCGAUUUUAAUCCACUAUACUUCUAUGAAACUAUAAAAAAAAAAAAAAAAAAAAAAAAGAAAAGAGAAACAGAAAUAAAAGAAAUAGUAACUUUUACUGAUGCGUGUUAAUAAAAUAAUAGAUCUAGUGAUACGAUUUGAUUGAAGUGAAAAUUUUGAUUUUUUUUUUUUUUUCUUUUUGUCUUUCUUUCUUUCUUUUUCUUAAGUUCAAUUCUAACAAUAAGCUAUCUAAAUAGCUUUGACAAAAGUUUCCGAAACAAAUCUCUUCCUUUUGCUUGGGUAAUUCUCUUUCACAUGCUCUUCCUGUUUUCCCUGUCUUUUCUCGGGACAUUGCACGGCGAUUAGACUUUGCAAAAACGUUACGUGGAAUUACGUAAAGUCAUUUCCAUGAGUUUCAGAGCGUAUUGGCUGUCUAAUCGGGACGAACCGUUACUUUGAUUAGUUUCCCACUUCCUUUGGCGUAUACGCAUAAGAGGACUAAGGAACCACAACACAUACGUUUGCCCAUACAACUUUUUCUUUUCUUUUUUUUUUUUUUUUUUUUUUACAUGACUAAGUUUCUUCUAUAGAUCGUUAAAAAAACAAAUGCAUAAAAGGUCUCUGAAUAUAUCUUUUGAACGAUAAUUAUCACCGAUAGAUAUGACUUAAUUAUAAAGUAUUCUAUGGAAAAAAAAAAAAAAAAAAAAAAAAGAGGAAAGAAAAAAUAAACCAUCUCAGUCAUUUCCUGCAACAAAACUUUUUCUUUUCUUUUCUUCUUUUCUUCUUUUUUUUUUUUUUUUUUUUUUUCCAUACAAAAUGCAUAUGAUUGUAUCAUAAAGAUGCAAUUGCAAACCGUUAACUAUUCUCGUUGCACGUAUAAACGCACGAGUUUCCAUGUAUACAUUUGUUAAUUAAUUAAUCAUCUAAAUAUAUUAUCGUGGGUAAAAUCAGUAAAGGGUAAAAGAAAGGAAGAAACGAUAACGAUUAUGGGAUCAUUAAACUUGGAAUUUCUUUAUUCAAGCACGCAUCGGAAUAAAUAAUAAAUAAUUAAUAAAUCAAUCAAUCAAUCAAUUAAUUAAUUAAUCUUAAGAUUUUUUAUUUAUACGAUAUAGCACGUAACAUUUUGUCUUUUAACUAUACGAAAAAAAAAAAAGAUACUAUCAAUAGAUUCUUAUGAAGUAUCUACGAAUCCUCAACAUUGUCGAACAAUACUUAGCGCAUCUGGUUAGCAUUUGCGUUUUGUGACAGCAAAAGUUGUGCGCUCUACAAGGCACAUGCAACCUGCUUUUGUGGAUAAUGUUCUACCACACAACGGGUGAUCUCUUAUCAAUUUGACGAAUCGAUGAUAAAAAUUAAAUGAAAUCAUUAAGCAAUGAAAUGUUUGACCUUUGACAAAUGAGAAAAUUACGAAAGUCACGCGACGUGUUUUCUAUAAAUAGAAAAAGUAGGAAAAGAUUUAACGUCGUUUAUAUUUAUGAAUUAUGUAUGAUCGUUGAAAAACGAUAAAUCCUUCUGACGUGAUGGUUUAUAAGCAAGUGAAAAUGAUCAAUUUCGAUCAGACCUUCAUAUAAGAUUGAUAAUAAGUAGAAUUCGCUUUGUUCGAUCAGACUUUAUCUUUAAAGUCACCGGAUAAUAGGGGGCGGGGAGGGGGGAAGGAAUGAAUCAAAGUAGAAAUAGUCUAUUCAUGAUCAGACAUUAUCAUAAGGUAAAAAGAUCUUUAUUAAUAGAAAUAUUAAUAGAAUAAUUUAAAUGUUUUUCAUUCGUCGUAAAGAUCGAAGAAAUCAAAGAGAAAUCGAGUUCACGAAUGUAAUAUGUGAAAGAUGAUCAAAUAAAAAAAAAUUAUCGACUAGAAA